AUGGCUACGAACGGUAGUAUCGCCAAAGCUCUGGUGGCGAGUAGCUUGGUUGAUGCCUCGGGGUAUAAGUAUUCUGAAAAGGAUACAAAACCCACCAAGAUUAAGGUGAAGAAGUCAGCGAAAUUGGGCAAGAAGAAGGUUGACGAAGACCCCCCCGCUUCUCCUGGCUCAUCACCCAUUCUCCCCGAAAUAGACGAGAAGACCAUGGCUGCGUUCCCGACGGGUAAGCCGCGCGAAGAGGAUCAUCUGGAAACGGUGGUUUGCAAAACCUGCAAGAGGCCGGUCCUCAAGCAGAAUGCGGCAGAGCAUAUUCGCGGCUGCAUCAAGGCGAAGCAGGAGAAGGCCCGACGCAAGAAAGAGGCACGCGACGCGGCCAAUCGGGCCAAGGAGAAGGGCGAUAAGGAGGGAGAGGAAGAGGCCGCGGGCGGCGAGGGAGAGGAUUCGAUGAAGGGCCAGAAGAGCGCCAAGAAGAGUGCCGUCAAGGGGAUGGCGGAGGAUGGUACGAAAAAGGGUAAGAAACGCAAGACAGAGGGCGAGGAUGAUAAGGACAAGGAGCCGAAGAAGAAGAAGAAAAGGGAAGAGCCGAAGCCCAAGGCCCCCAAGCCCAAGGGCCCCGUCGAUGUCGAGAAACAAUGUGGUGUGACGUUGCCGAAUGGCGCUCAGUGUGCGCGCUCUUUGACCUGCAAGAGUCACUCCAUGGGUGCGAAGCGCGCGGUUCCUGGCCGUUCGUUGCCGUAUGAUAUGCUCCUUCAGGCGUAUCAGAAGAAGAACCAGGCUCGUCAGCAGAAGGCUGCAAUUGAUGCCAAUGCCCCGCUCCAGGAUGAUCUGGAAAACAAUGGGCCUGUAGACUCGGACGAGGAGAAGGACGCCGUGAUGGCGGCUAUCGCUCGGUCCAAUCCCCAACCGCUCAUCACGCAUACACUGAUCUCCACCAAGAAGAAAUACCAGUACGUGCGGAUCAAGGAGAUGCUCUCGCAUGCCUUGGGUGGCGCACGAGGCGGUGGCCUUUUUUCGACUGGAGAGACAAAUGAUAACAACCACACUACCGCUUCCGCCAUGGAUGUAAACCUGUUCCAGUCCGUGGAUGAUCUACCCUCGAAGACGCCUCCCAUGUCUGCGCAUGCGACAGAUAAUCCCGAAGCAGGGAAGACUCCGGUCCCGGUUGCGAAGAAAGUCCCGGUGGCAACGAGCUCGUAG